AGUGAAUUUGUGUGCGACAAAAACCCCGCAGUGCGCCUGCGUAGUGAAUUGUUUUGAUUCUGGUGUUGUGAUUGUGCAAAAGUGUAUAGUGUUGUCAAGAAGGCCGUCGUCAUCGUCUCCGAACUCGAACGAGGCAGUGCUCCUGCAGUGCAGUGAGGGCACUCGCCUCUCCUUCCUCGUCGUCUUUCGUCCGAAAACUGUUCGCCAGCUCCUCCAAGGUGGCGUCUUCACGUUACCAGGACUACCGCACUGGCUGCAUGGCUGGCGGCGGGCUGCACAAGCUCAAGUGCGCGUGCAUGGAGGCGGGCGUGACUGUGGGACUCAGCCUCUCUCCGGGACUCGCGUCUCUCGCCGGCACCUUGGCGGGCUACGAGCCCCUCAACGAGAUCACCGAGGAGCAGGACAAGGACAGCAGCACUGAAAAGCAGGAGGAGCUGCUGUUUUACAACGACGAUGGCUCUCCGCACGCUGCCCAGUCCGUGCUCGUGGAGCGCAACCUGCGCGCCGCAGACCUUUGCUCCGUCCUCUCUGUCAAAAACCGCGUCGCCAAGGACGUGCACUGGACGCUGUUCGAGCACUGGCCCGAGCUGGGACUCGAGCGCAGCCUUGAGGACCACGAGGACGUGCUGUCGGUGCACCGGGACAUGCAGGCCUUCUGCAGGUACUCGGAGCGCCGCUUCGUGUUCCGGAAGGACUACCGCAAGUACGAGUUCUUCCACAAUCCACAGAGCGCGCUGGCCUCGGCUGACGACAGCCCGUCCAUCCUGACGCAGGUGUGGGUCCGCGACGCUCACAAGCAGGUGUGGGCGAAGGCGUUCAUCCUGCUCAAGGACCGCUGCCUCUACUUCUCGUACAAGUUCCCCGCGCUGGCCAAGUUUCUGCGGCAGAACCGACGGCUGGAUCCGCCGUCUCCGCUGGCGUCCAUGAACUCGCAUAAGGGCGAUGUGGACGCGCACGGCGGUGUCCAGCUGCUGUGCAGCCUGCGGGACUACACCGUCUACUCGUGCCUGAACGCGCGCAACCAGCUCCGCGCGCCCACCGAGUGGGGCCUGUGCCUGCGGCCCUCGGGCGGCGAGAGGGACAACAACGAGGGCGUCGCCUCGCUCAAGUGCCUCGCGUGCGACUCUGAGCGCGUGAGGACCUGCCUGCUCACUGCCAUGCGGCUCGCUAAGUAUGGACGUCAACUCAGGGAGAACUACCGUUCUUUCAAGAACAAGCAGGUGGAGAGCAUCAAUUCCAAAGAUUACAACAGCUAUACCGUUCCGAUCGAGAGCGUGCGCUCGCGCGUCGCCAUGGACUUCACCGGCGCCGUAGGCCGCAUCGUGGAGGACCCCAAGGAGGCCAAGGCGAUCGCCGCUGCCGAGGGCUACUCGUGGAAGCGCCGCUGGCGGCGCAUGAACCAGUCGCUCGCGCCCGGCGGCGGGCCCCCGGGGGCGGUCGGGGCGGCGGGGGCCGCGGGGGCGGCCGCGCUCGGCCUCGAGUCGGGCAUCCACACGACGCAGCCCUGGUUCCACUCGGGGAUGACCCGCGAGCAGGCUGCCCAGCUUGUCAGCAGGCACGGCACGGUGGACGGCGUGUUCUUGGUGCGGGACAGUCGCAGCUCGCCGGGCGCGUUCGUCCUGACCUUCAAGUGCGCGGGGAAGGUGCUCCACACGCAGAUCCAGCCGGUGGUUGACCCCGUCAGAGACGCCAUCUGCUACUCGCUGGACUCGGGCGUCACCAAGUUCUACGACGUGCUCCAGCUGGUCGAGUUCUACCAGCUCAACGCCGGCUGCCUGCCCACCCGGCUCACCCACUAUGUCGUGCAGUCGCCAGCCUUCCACAACAACAAUAACGGCAUCACCACCUCCAGCAAUAACAACAACAACCUGAGCAGCUCGAGUAACUUGAGCACGACGAGCAGUGGGAGCAGCAGCACCCCGAGCAGCCCCUGUGCGUCCUUCAGAGGGUCGGGGGCGCCGCUCCUCUCGCCCGAGACCACGGGACCGCCGUGCGCCUCCUUCUGACACCAUCCCCUGGCCUCCGGGCGGGCGGGGGCCCUGGGACACUCGGCGAACGCUCGGCUCUACCGCCGCUACUGGCUGGUUGUGGACCACAACAACAAUGUGACGUGAGUGUCGUGUGCAGGAGCGAACGAGGCGUUGGACUGUGUAUAUCUUUACUUCUAAUGUACCUUAUACUUUAUUUGAAUUUUUUGUGAUCCGUGUCAUUGUCCUGUGCUCAUGAGAGUCUGAUAUGUUUGUGUGCUUGUGUCCCCUUUUGUGUUGUGCUUUGUUGUGGCACAGUUGUUGUGGACUCUCGGUCCUCAUUGUUAAUGGCCAAAGCUUUCAUCAUCACUUAAACGUUUAAUGGAGUUUCUUAAUCAACUGGAUUUUAAAGCCCACCUUAUAAGUUGAUGCAGGUCUAUCACACUUGCGUCGCUUUUCUGUGUGGUACUUUGAAAAAACACCUCCAUGUUAUGUCUGAGGUAAAUUUACAUUUUCACAUCACAUACUUUUACUUUAAUUGAAUACUCUUGUAUUCUUAUUGAAUGUUCCAUUUUUUAAAUUUAUUUAUUGAAUUGUUUCAAAUAUCAGAAAGCUGGAGAACUUUCUAAGUAUUUAUGAAAUUGUUGUACAAGGGAAGGUUGUGGUAUUUUUUUUACUUUCCCUGCCAGUUUGGCCCGAUCUUUGACAUCACUUAAUGUUUCAAAAAUUGUAUUUUAAAACUUGAUAUAUUCGUUUGUUUAUUUCUUCUAGUACUUUUGUUUCAUUGAUUGUGAUGUAGUGUGCUAACACUGGAGCGUGAUUUGGGGACUAAGUAGCUUUGUAGUGCCAGGGUUAUCUCAGGGUUAUGUACACCCUGCUUAAAAGUAUAUGUGCAUUUGAUGCCUUUGCAUGUACCUAAGACACAUUUUGUUAAGCACAGACCCUAUCGACUUAAUGUUUGUGUAGAUUCUCAGGACAAACUUGUAGUGUUUAGUUCAUUAAAAGAUGGGGUGAACCAAGCAGUAGAGCUUACCUUUGAGCUCAUUUCCAAUAGUCAUGGUAUCUUUGGUAUAUUUUGUUGAAUUCUGACUUCAUGCAACUAGCAUCAUAGUCAGCUCUCUCAAUAAUAUUAGUUAAAGAUUUUUCUCUGAUGAUCAAAUCUAACCCACCCCUAGUCAUGCAAAAUUAAUUAUCUCUUACUCCAGUAAAGUGUUUUCGGCAUUCCUUGUGUCCAAAUAUAUCCAGGCUUCAUUUGCAUUAAGCGUAAAUUUCUAUGCAUUUAAAGAAAAAGUGUCCGGUCACCAUGUUACUUGUACUUGUAUCCCUCAUAGACUCAUUUACAAAAUUUGUUUGGCAUCUUUUCAAGUUUUGUUCCUUUUAGUUCCUUUUAAUUUCUAAAUAUGUGUGUUUUAUAGAAUUAAUUGAAUUUGCCUUACUAUUUUUAUGUACCAUGUGCCAGAUAUCUAUUGACCACAUCAUUGUUUUAUUUAAUGUAACUUUAUCAGUAAUUUACAAAUCACCUUUCAUUCAUUUGGUUUAUCAUUACUAAUGUCUUGUUUUCAUUUUUUUUUAAACAAUUUGUAAAAGUGGAAGUUAAAGGGCUUUGCGUCAGUUUUGCUGGUUCUGCUUUCAGCAUACGCAGAACUUUGUAAAAUUCCUAUUCAUUACUAAUUACUUGUUUCUUGUUUUGUUAAACCUGUGUGUGAGGAGUUGUAAGAUAUUCAUUUCCCUCAUUCUGCUGUUUGCAGAUUGAUCAAAGUAUUGAUGAAUAUAAUGCACUAAUUUGAUAUUAGUUUUUUAGAAAAAGAAAAAACUUAAAAGUCUGAAACUGAGUAAAUUAUAUGUUUGGAUGCACAUCUAAGAGAAAUUGUAUGUUUAUCGGAAAAGUAACUCCUUGUGACCCAUGAUACUCUUUUCAUCAUCUUCAUCAAUCACUUAUUUUCUUUGCAUUGUUCAGAAUGAUGUUAUGCUAAGCAGUAUUAUUAGUGUAGAGAGGAAUGAAGAGGUAUGUACUAGCUAUAUUUUGAGCAAAGACUGUGAUUAGUCUAAAAAAACAUAAAGCAAAACAACUAUGUUAUGCUGUUACAAGAAAUGUGAAUGCUGUAUCGUACCUGUAUAAAAUGCGAUAUCUUAGUCAAAUUAAAAUUAAAAGUUGAGUAGGAGACCUCUCCUACAGAUCCUCUUAGUGAAUUAAAUGCAAUACUUUUCUGUUCUAUACUGUUGGACAGAUUUAGAAAGUGUAACUCAAUAGCUUAUUACACAUGUAAAUAUUCAAAUCAGAAAACUUUAAUUUUUGUUCAGGAAUUUAUAUAACAUGGUAGACUGGUGCUAUCAAACUCAAUGAUAUGACAAAAACAAAUUAUACACAUGGACGGACACUCUUAAUAAUGUUAUAUCAAGUUAAGCCAAGCCGAACGCUUAAGCCAAAGCCCAGACUACAGCGGUUGGGAGGGAGAGACUUGGAAGGAGUUGGUGGUAGGGGCGAGUCUCUGACUCCACCCCAAAGUCACUGCAGGGGGCUUCAGUUUGGACUUGGGCUUUGGUUUCCGCGAUUGUCUUGGCUUGGCUUAACUUGAUACAGUACAAGAGGUAUUAACUUAUGUUUCUUUUGUAACUUCAAUUAGCUGUCUGAAGAAAAGCCUCUGCACUUUUCGCUAAACAACUACUAAAUCAAAAUAUGGCAGUUAUUUUUUUGGGAGGUGCUUUACCUACCCAGGAUGAAACUGAACUUACGUUUUAAAUGGUUUAGUUGGAAUCUAAAUUUUGGAAUCAUGUUAGAUCUCUUAAAUGACUGAAAUAUUUUCAAUCUGUAACGACCUGAUCAGCAGUCACUACUUUUGGAUCAUAUUUUUACAAAUUCUACUGUUGUAUAGUGAAACAUUGUCAGUAUUUAAACUUUCCUUUCAUUUAUGAUCUUUUCUAAGCCAAGUUGUGUAUAUUAUAUAGUUAGACUGAUGUCAAGUAAUAGCAUUGAGAGUAUUAAUAUCAUUAUCUCACUUGAACCCAAAGGGUUGACUUAAAAUGAUCACAUAAUAGUGAAGACCAUAAAUAAGUUAUAUAUACUUGUUUGUCAUAUAUUUAUUUUAUAGAAAUUAAGCUCUGAAAUGUAAGAAGCAUUGUCUCCUAUUAGGCUGAUAAUAUUCUGUGUCAUCUCAUUUAGGUAAUCCCAUGUGACACUCUCAGUGCAACAUGUCAACAGAUGCAAAGUUAGAGGAAAAAGCUCUGCACUUUCAUUCGUAUCUAGUCCCAACCCAAAGAGUUGUGCAAACUCAAUAAAGAAAAAUUUUGCAGAUCUUAGUGCCAAGGCUGUGCAGAAUGUUUCAUCAGUUAUAUUGUAUUUCCAUCUAACACAUAAGAAAUGUUAUUAUUGUUAAAGUUAUUAUUACACGGAAAAUUAUUUCCCAAAUUUAUAAUGAAAAAUAAAAUCUCAUUUCAAAGAA